GACGCUUACAAUGACGCCAGCAGCAUCGACGCUGGAAGGUUGCAGCUUUUUCUGAAAACUCUGACGGGGAAGACCAUCGUGCUCAACGUGGCGGCCAACUCCACGAUUGGGGACGUCAAGGCGAGCAUCCACACCUCCCAGGACAUCCCACCAGACCAACAACGCCUGGUUUCCAGCAACAAGCAAUUGGAGGACAGCCGCACCCUUGCGGACUACAACAUCAAGAAACACGCAACGAUGCACUUGAUGCUCUGCCUCCGCGGUGGUGGACCAGAAUCCCUGCUCACGGCAUUACAUUCGUGCCAGCACCAUGCUUGUCCACUCUUCGGUGCCGUGGCACCAGGCGCGGGCCGAUGCCCAUCCUGCCACCAGGAACGGCACUUGCAGGCACCAGCGCCGCCACCUACGACGCCGCAGCCUUCGUCAAGUUUUUCGAGUGCCUGCCUGCCAGCCUCCAUGGACCUGGAGGGUGAGACCACCCUGACGCAGCAGGCCGCCGCUCCCAAUAUCGAAGCUCCGCCUGGCCUGCCCCGCGCUGCGCGACGAGACACGCUGCAAACCCACACAGCAGCCAUGGACGCCGAUGCUCAGCCCCCGCCUCGCACAACCAUCACCGACUUCGAGUUGCAGGACUUCUUCGAGCAAGAGGCCCUCCGGUACUUCGCACUCGUUCGUGCCAGCAGCCUCGCCCAGCCCGACGACGUACGGCGCACCACCAUCGAGUUCCCUAGCAACUGGGAGCGUCUCGAGCACAUCCUGCAUCGACACGCUUACCGUCCAGAACCCGCAGACCCUUGGACUGUGCUCGGCCUCGGCCCCCUCGAUGGCCCGGAACCCGAGGAGGUGGACAUCUGCGCCCGCGCGCGGGCGGCUCGCACGCUGUGUUCUCUCGCGCGAGACAUGGCGUGGGAAGAGGGCGACCUUCGCAAGGCCCAGGCCGUCGAUGCAACCUUCGUCGCUGCUGGUGCCAAGUGCGAGGAGCUGCUCGCAGAAGCCAGGCGCGCGCGCUGCCGCACCCGCCCGGCCAAACUCCCCCGGUGGAAGGAGCUGGGCACGAACGCGCUUGCGGCCGUCUCGUCCCAUCUCGCCCCUGGCUACACACACUUCGUCACGCAAUGUUCGCAGCUCUUGGGUGCUACCACCGACCGCUCGCAGACCAUCCAGUCCCACCGGCAGCGCAGCGCUCUGUUGGAGCAGGGCGACGAGCAGGCCCUGCGGCUGCUUGCAGGUCAGAGGGUCCUCGCCUGGGCACCUGAGAACAAAGAUGCCCUAGGCAGGAUCCACGCGCAGCUUCUUCGGUCCAAGCCCGACUGUGCACCAGAGGCCCUCUACCUCUUGGCGCCCGUGCCGCACUUCUAUGGGGUCGACGCCGCUGCCAAGCUCCUCGACCUCUGGACUCACCCCCUGUUAGGGGAGAGGUUCGCCGCCACAGUCAGGAAGGUCACGAUCGUCGUGCAGCCACUGGAAUACGUGCUUCCCGGCCCCCGUGGGCCGCGGCAUGUCCGUCAAGGGAUCGCCUGCUUCCACCUGUCGCGGAGCGGGCCUCGCGCCGCCCCCAGCGUGGCUACCCCGCUCACACCCCUUCUGCAGGUGGAGGAGUACAACUCCUUCAUCGUGGACGCGCACGCGGACCACGUCCCCGAGAUCAUGCGAAAACUCGCCGACCCGCGCUACGCUGGCAUCUUGGCGAGGCACCCGACGCGCAGCCCGAGCAGCACCGACGCCAGGGGCCGAGUUCGAUUGGAGCUCAUCUUCACUGAGCGUCUCUCCGACAUGGCCAUGGAGAUGCGCAUGCGGGACAUCAAGCGCCGCGUCCUGACGAUCGACAGCUACAUUGGCCUGAAGUCCUUGUACACAGACCCGAACGCGCUCAUUCUUGAAUGCUUCUCCCCGCUGGCCGUGGCAAAGGUCAGCUCGCUCUGCUCGCAGCUGUUCUUCCUUACCAGCGAUAGGGUCCUGCUCCUCACGGAGGCCUCGACGGAAACGUGGGCGCAGUUGCUGAACGACGCGGCGAAAGAGGACGAGGCGCUCACAAUUACGCGCCUCCGCUGGAAGGCUAGCAAGUAUGGGGGGCGCCAUUUCGCCGCUAUCGACGCUACUGCUAGCGCGCUUAGGGCAUCCCGCCGCCGGAGGAAUCGCAGGGGGAAGCCGGCUACGAUCGUCGACCACAUCACCGAGCUUCGGAUCAAUGGCCACGCGCGGGUGUACCUGGGCAGCGGCGCUGACGUUCGCAAAGUCUACCAGGCGUUGCAUGGGCAGGUCCUCAAGAUCGGCACCGACACGGUCUCCAUCACUGUGCUGAACGACGCUCUGGAG